GUGUCCAGAGACAUGGCCUGAGUGCAGCUUCUGACCUCUCACCUUCCUCUUCUUCUCCCCCACCUCCAAAGGGAGAGGCGGUGCCUGCUCCUCCAACAAACACCCGAUUAGUCCUGUCAGGAGGGGAGGGCUAUGUAGACUUCAGACUCGGUGACGGUGAUGAAGAAGAUCCCACUGCUGCUGCCGCUUUGAAUGAAGAUGAUGACGAUGAUCCCAGCAAGGCCACAUCCUUGACAAAAGUUGACCGCAGUCAUAUCAUUGUAUGGCAAGUCACUAGCCAGGAUUAA